UCGCCGCUACUAUAAACAGUUGUAUGUGACAGAGGCGCGCCUGCUCUCGUCAAACCGAGCCGAGCAGCGGGCGCCGCCUCCUCAGUCGUAUACCGUAACCGCCGUCCACACACUGAGCUGAGACCGGGUCCGUUGGACUGGGUUUGUGUGCUUGUGGAACUUCUGGAGAUAGUGACGGCUGAGGUGGACAGUCUGUGUGUGGACCUGACGCCUAUCGUGCUUCAAUCGGACCGUAAACGGAACAUCCCGAUUGGUGCAGCGGCACACAGUGCAGUGUUUAAUAACGCACGGUCAGUCCCCGGUACGGUGCAUGCUUUAAGUGGUCCAUUGUGUGCACACACACAUACAUCGGCAGUGUUUGUGCCGCCAGCGAACAGUAAUCAACUGAGCCUAAUUCUGUUAGAAUUAGCGACACUCCCGGCCACGAGGCACUCGGAGACCGUACCAAACACCGCAGCGACGUCGCCCGAGGGAUCUACCCGUCAAUUCCAGUAAGACGGCUAUCCCGACGGCGGGUGUCUGAGGUGACCAGCGGAGGUCAGCGGAGGUCAGCAGAGGUCAGCAGAGGUCAGCAGUCACACAGGAGGUCACCAUGCGACCACUGCUCGCCGGUGUGGUGCUGCUGGUGACGUCUGCGCUGGUUCCAACCCAGGCGCUCAGUCGGAACCGGAGAGCACCCGAUAUCAACUUUAACGAAGAGCGCCGGCAGGAGGACUGUACCGACUGGCGGGACCGGACGGGAGACUGCGUCACCGCUUCCAACUGUCCGGCCAUCCUCAGCAUGAUCAGGAACAGGCCCAGCUCGCAGGACAUUCAGAACAUCCGCAGCAGCAUCUGUGGCUUCAAGGGUCGGAUACCGCUUGUCUGCUGUGCUCAUCGUGUGCCCGUCACCAAACCGCCGGUCCCCAGAAAACCGGUCACCGAACCGCCGGUGACCGAACCUCCUGUGACUGAGCCUCCGGUCACUGAACCUCCAGUGACUGAUCCUCCUGUCACGGAACCUCCAGUGACUGAUCCUCCAGUGACCGAACCUCCAGUCACUGAUCCACCUGUCACCGAGCCUGUCACCGAGCCUGUCACCGAGGGACCCAUAGCGACGCCCUCCCCAGAGCCUGUCUGCGACAACUGCACACAGGUCCACCCCAACAGACAUCUGCUGCCGCAGGGAGACGGCACGUGCGGUAUCAUUCUGGCGGAGCGUAUUGUCGGCGGCACGCUGGUCCGGAUCGGCGGACACCCGUGGCUCGCUGCUCUGGGGUACACAGUGACCGGUAAGGAGGAGGUGGAGUACCGGUGCGGCGGCUCUCUCAUCAACAGUCGCUACGUGCUGACGGCGGCCCACUGCGUCACAAACCUGCCCACCGACUUCACCCUAUCUACCAUUCGUCUCGGCGAGCACGAUCUCGACAAUGAAUUAGACUGUCAGCGUCUCAGCGACGGCAUGCAGCGGUGUGCCGACCCGCCUCAGAACUUUGACAUUGAGGAGGUCAUCACUCAUGACCAGUACGACUCACCCAUCCGUCUCAGGAACGACAUCGCGCUAGUUCGGCUGUCUCGGCCGGCCAACCUGACAACGUUUGUGUCUCCGCUGUGUCUGCCGUUCGGCCAGCGAGAGGAGCAGUUUGUCGGAGAGCGUCCGUGGGCGGUCGGAUUCGGACUCACCUCUGCACGCGGCGAGAGCAGCUCCAAGCUGCUGGAGGUGCGCCUGCCGGUGCUGUCCCACGAGGAGUGUGUGCCCAUCUUCCGGCGGCGCGCCAACAUCGGGCGCACGCAGCUGUGCGCCGGCGGUGAGCGGCUCAAGGACUCCUGUUCGGGAGACUCGGGCGGACCGCUGGUGGGACUCUCCAUGCCCGGCCGCCGGCUGCCGUUUGUCCAGAUCGGAAUCGUGUCGUUCGGCUCUGUGCGCUGUGGGACGAGGAACGUGCCUGGGAUCUACACCCGUGUCACGGAGUACCUGGACUGGGUGCUGGAUAAUCUGAAGGAAUAGGACACCGGCGGACCGGCGAGCGCUGCUGGACCACCGAGACUUGAAGCGAAGUUCAGGAGAGUUAGGCGAAUAUGUGGCCUGUAACUGCGGCGACAAUUUCGCUGACAGCCCGUGACCUCGACGGUUUUGUUGAGUGUCGCAGGAGCUGAUGAGGGCAAUAAACGUUCAAUUGUGUAUUACUCUGGAAGGCAGCGAGCGACUGAUACCUGCUGAGGUGAUCGUACGGUGUCAUGUGUCGUUGAUUUAUGAAUGUUUUACAUACAGCAAUGCGACCCGCGUGAGUGACGAAGUACGUGAGACGGGAUGCACCCGAAUAUUAUGCCUCCAAUCACAUAAUGACGUGAAAGUGCAUGGCCUGUUGAAUAAUAUACAUCUUCCAGUCUCUUA